AUGGCCUUGAAGAGUGAUGGAGAGAAUCCUCUGAACAAUGAUGAAUUCAGAAGAACUAUUGUUCUUGAUGUGUACGCUGAUGCCACAGGUGAAGGGAUCAUGGGUACAUUUUCCAGCCCGGGAGCCAAACUGGAGCCUGGAACACCUGCCAGUCCUGGAAAAUGCGCUGGGGAAGAGCACAGACUGAUGGGGCAGCGAUGCAUGCGAUGCACAGAUAUUCAUGUUGAGAUUCUUUCCCUGCCAGAUGUUCUCCGGGAGAGGGAGGGUCGAGGUGACAGAAGCAAUCCCAGCAACCUCAGUGACAACAGUGACUUCAAUAACUCCGGCAACUGCAGCAGCAGUGGCAGUGAUGAUGAGGUGUAUCAGGAAAGUGAUGAUGAUGACCAUGUCACUAGGCAGCCGCGCAAGCGGCGAAAACUCUGGACAUGGCAGUCAUCCAGGUCUGUUGUCACUUCUGACACUUGCACAGGAGAUCCCUCUCCGACUGCUGUGGUAAACAAUAAGCCAAGGAAAUGGAAUCCGACAAUGAAGUAUGAUAAAAACCCAGUCAGUGAUUCCUCCAGUGUGUCCACUGUCCCACUAGAUGAUGCAGUGAUGAAUCAAUCAGGCGACAGCAUACCGGUCUCCGGUUUUCUUUCAAGCUAUGUGGCUAGGUCCAAAGUGUGCUACACUAUAACAUUCUAUCACAAGGAGACCGGCCGGCUCCUGUCAGCAAAUGCAAACAAGGACGACGCGCUGCUGAAAGAACUCAAGGAGGGAGGUGAGCCAUGGGAUGAGAUCACCAAGCACUUCCCAGGCAGAUCCAAGGCGACUCUGCAGGUGCAGUACUCCACCAAGCUGAAGCUUCGCACCCCGCUGCCAACUCGCAAGUUGAAGUCAAAGUUGAGGCUGAGAAAACAUGGAUGCCUUUGA